AUGGCGUUCAUGUAUCGUUUUCAAGGUAAGUUGUGCUGCAUGCCAGAUGGAGUGGAAAUCGUAUCAGCGGAAAGGGCUGAAUUUCGGCUCAGGUCCUCGGAUUACUCGCCUGUGGUGUACUCGCUUGUCCUUACAGAUGAAGGUGGUCGACGUCUGUACGGCACCUGCCUCACCUACCUGGAGCCGCUGCCGCCCAUCAUCACAUGCCGUCACGAACACCUCAUCGGGGCGUAUGGCACACGGGCCCUGUGCCUCGUCAGCAAGCUGCCGUACCUCACCACGGCGGAACAGGUCCUCCGGGGGUUAUUCUCCACGGUAUUUCUUAGGGGCCCCUCCGCUCCGGUGGCCGACCUGCUGGGGGCCCUGCUCAGAUUGCCAUGUCCGGGGGAAACCCGGCGGGAGGUGGAUGCGGGCUGA